AUGAAAACUACAAGUCCAUCGUUAUUUAUUAUAAUAUGGUAUCAAGCAUUAUUUCUUUUUACAGGCUUGAUACAAGCCCUUGGUGCUCAGCAUUUAUAUUACCAAAAAGCAACAACUGGUUCUAGUUUUCUUACAAAUUUGAUGAUGUACGCUGGGAUGGCGGCUGUUGGAUUGCUUCUUUUGCCUGAUUGGCUUGAAAACAGAUCAAAACAUUUAGCUGGAACAGGGAUUGGCAUGGUGGAUUUUAAAAAAUCACAGAGACAAAGUGAUUCAUUAAAUAUAAUAGAAAAUUUAUCAAUGAAGCCUAGAGAAUACAUCAAUUAUAAAUAUAUUAUAGCAGUAACUUUAUUAGAUAUUAUAGCAGUAACAUUUGGACUUGCUUUGAGUGCAUUAGGAAUCCAUCAAAGCUUAGAAGUAACAGAAUCUUCAACAGUUGUUGAUGAUAACAAAGAAAUAAUUUUUUUUAGAAUGUUUGGGAUGAUUCUUGUAGUUUCUGGAACAUUUGGUUAUGCAUGUGUUUAUGUUGUUUCAGAUUGGAUACUGAGUAUGGAUGUACCUGAUGACAUGAUACCACCAUCACCAGAAACCAUUUGUUUUCUUGUAGGAAGUUUUGGAUCAGGAUUUUCAAUAUUAUAUAUAAUAAUUUACACAAUUCCAAACUGGGAUAUUUUAAUAACACAAGAGAUGGCAAAGCUGAGUCAACAUAAUAGCACAUCUACAAUAAUAUUUAUUUAUAUCCUGCUAAUAAUAAUGUCAUUUGCACAUAAUUUGGCAUAUUAUUGGCUACUCAAACAUACAGGAAAUGUUUCUACUGGAUUAUUGAAUUCACUUAGGGCAGUUCUGGUUUUUGGAUCAAGCCAUUGGUUUUUUUGUCAAUUGGAUUCAGGACAAUGUUUUAAUCUUUGGAAAGGGUUAAGUACAGUUGUGGUUGUUGGAUUCGUUACUUCUUUUACAUUAUCCGGAAAUCAUUCAUAUACACAUCCAACAAUUCAAAAAAACACACACUCAUAUUUCAAUAAAAUCAAUUCUCCCAUAUCUUUUACUUCUUCAAUCUCCUUUCCUCGUACUUCUACAGUUCCUUCCUACCAGCCAUAUUCAUUCUUUAGCCAAGCUUCUCCUUUCACAAAUAAUGCUUGUCGUUCAUUUCACUCAUAUAGUCCAUCAAGUUUCAGAAUAUCAAGUCGUGUCUUUACGCCUCAUUCUUCUAAACCAAAGAAUUUUUUUGAAGCCACAAAAAAUACUCCAGCACCUUAUACAAUCUUGGACAUUUUUGAUAAACCUUUUUCCACCACACAUAGCCCAUUUGUUUUUUCUCAUGGCGCUUCCGGUAUUCCAAAACAUUCAGAGAAGUUAGUUUCAACUAUACCUAAUGCACCAUACUUUAGUAUUGGUUGUGGUGAAGAUAGCUUCUUCAGAAGACAUGAUUCUUUAGGUGUUGCUGAUGGUGUUGGAGGUUGGAAAAAUAUCAAAGCAUUACCUCAUACUGUUGUAGAUUCAUCAUUAUAUUCUAGAAAAUUGAUGCAUUAUUCAUGGACAGAAAUUGAAAAAUAUCAUAAUAAUUUUGAAAAAGAUCAACUUUACAACUAUGAUAAUUUUCAACCUGUUAAUAUUAUGCAAGCAAGUUAUGAAAAAACUUUACGUGAUUGUACAAUGGAGGGAAUAAUUGGUUCAUCAACCGCUUUGAUAGCUAUUCUAUGUAAAGAUGAGCUUCGAAUUGCAAACCUUGGCGAUUGUGGUAUUGGUGUUAUACGUCAAAACGGAUUUAUAUUUUGUAACGAAGAGCAACAAAAUUCGUUCAACUAUCCAUAUCAAUUAGGAAGUGGUUCUCUUAAUACUCCAAAAAAAGAUGCUCAAGCUUUCAACAUUAAAAUUCAACAUGGUGAUAUUGUAGUAAUGGGUUCAGACGGGCUGUUCGACAAUCUUUUUGAGGAUGAUAUAUUAGAUGAAAUUGUUCGAUUUAGUUCAAAACAAGGUGUUUUAAAAGUUGAUCCACAAAUAAUAAGUGAUGCCCUCGCUUGGCGUGCAAAAGAAGCUAGUGAAGACAUCAAUCAUGAAAGUCCAUUUGAAAGCCGUGCUACACAAGAAGGAUUGUAUUAUAGGGGUGGAAAGAAAGAUGAUAUAACUGUUCUCAUAGCG